GACUUCUACAGCCGCAACAUGAUGGAGAGACUAGAGCCCAUGUCAGACCCUGGUCUGUGUCUGCAAGACCUCGUGUCUGGUGUCGCCACUUCCUCCUCCUCCAACCACGACCUGCACCAUCACAGCGGCCUCCAUCACGAGAGCUCCAUGCUGGGCCAUCAUCACCACGUUCACCAUCACGAGCCCCACCAUCCCGUGGCCGUCUCGUGUCCACCGACCGUGCUGCACCACGAACCACUGGAGAAACUGAAACGUGUGUGGGCGGAGACGGGGGACUUCAGGGACAACUCGCACCACAUGACCAUGGAUCAUUCCCAGCUCAGCUUCAGCAGUGCCCGAAGUCGCAACAGGGACAGAAAGGGACGAGUGCUAUCAGUAGAGCCUCUGGGAGGGAUCAAGACGGAAGGGGUGGACGCCGACGACGGAUCAAAAGACCAGAAAAACAACAAGAACAACAAGAGACAGCGACGGCAGAGGACGCACUUCACGUCACAGCAACUACAGGAGCUGGAGGCGACCUUCGCUAGGAACAGAUAUCCCGACAUGAGCACCAGGGAGGAGAUAGCGAUGUGGACCAACUUGACGGAAGCACGAGUCAGGGUAUGGUUUAAGAACAGACGGGCCAAAUGGCGCAAGAGAGAACGCAACGCUAUGAACGCUGCUGCAGCCGCCGCUGCUGACUUCAAGAACGGCUUCAGCUCACAGUUCAACGGGCUGAUGCAGCCUUUCACGGACACAGACUCGCUGUACUCCUCGGCGUACUCUUCCUACAACAACUGGGCCACCAAGGUGCCGAGCCCGCUGGGUACCAAGACAUUCCCGUGGUCCGUCAACCCGCUCACUUCCGUCAACCACCACCAAAGCUCCGUCAACUGUUUCAACGCCGCCGCCACCUCCGCAGCACUAUCGUCCUCCUCGGGUGCCGGGUCCAUGCUGCCCCCCACCCCUCUGUCGGCGGCGUCCGCCCCCGGCUCUGCCUGUCCAUACGCUCCCCCCACAACCCCCUACUCCAUGUACCAUCACCGCGCCGCCGCCGAACCCUGCAACGUCAUGUCCUCCAGUAUUGCCAGUCUUCGGCUGAAGGCAAAGCAGCACUCGUCCGGCUUCUCCUACUCGCCGGCGACUCCCGCCUCCACGUCGUCGGCCCGAGUAGCGUCGCUGUCAGCAUGCCAGUACGCCACGGCGGGAAGUGGAAGUGACCGCGGGGGCGUCUGACGGUACUCUGUCCAGCACCUCAUAGAGGACAGGGAUCUGCCCGCCAUAAAGACAGAGACCGACGAAAAGUCGUGUGCCAUCGACAACCAGGAUUUUUGAAAGUUCCAAAACUUCAUGAGUGAUAUCGACUUUGACAUUUUGUAACGAUUUUUUACCGAACGAUGCCAAAGAUUGUGUAUAUGUUUCUUCAGCGGCUGCGGUCGAAUCAGUCACACCAUUUACGGUUGGUUUGUGGUAGAUGAAUUUAAUUUGAUGGAUAGCGUAUAAACUAAAGUGAGU